AUGAACGAACGAACGAACGAUAUGUCAAUGGAUUACAACAACGAUCCGAACAACAGCGGGCUAGGUGUAUGCAGCGAGUCACGACAACUAUCAUUACUGGAAAAUGCCGAAUUGCGACAUCGUGCCGAUUCUGUGGAUGACGCAUCACCGAAGGCACUAUCCCCAUCCGGUGAUGAACACGAGGACGGUGCACAUGCGGUUGGCAACUGA